AAGUAGAAAUCACACAAGCUCUUGAAGGUAGCACAACGCUCAAGGUUGUUUAGGGCUUCCCGGUGACGUCAUCACGUUGAGACGUCCAUAACGGACUUGCAGCUGUUCUGACAAACAAUAACAACAUCGGCGAUCGCAUUCUUAAGCGAAAUAAAGUGCGAAUACUGCAGUGAAUUUAAUUUGGACGUCUAGGCAGUAAGAGACAAGUCUGCGGGCGUCUUGUCACCGACGUUCCCAGUGAAGUAACUCUGGCCUCCGCUUGCUCCUCCAGCGACUCGGAACCGGGCGGAGCCUCGCCACCGCGGAAGAAAGUCCGAGUGUCGGCGGCGGAGGGCGCAGGAGAGACCGGGGCUUCUGCCGGGAGCGCGGGCCUCUCUGCGGCUGUUUUGGGCUUCGCUUCUCUCCCGAGCCCCCGCGCUAUUUCUGCUCUCUGCCUCAACCUGCACAGGGGCACUGACACCAGCAUUUGUAACAUGCAGGCCAACGGGACAGGACAGGGACAAAAUUCCGAGCUGUCCUGCCUAAAUAGCGCCCAAAACGGCGAAUCGUCAGCAGCCGGAGGAGCGCAUUCAAACGGGCUGCUGUCCUCCACGAACAACGGCACUGUUGUCACCGCAAACAACGGAGUCCCGGCACCGGGCAACCCUGCCACCUCCACCGCCACGACCUUGGGCUCAGAGACAGGCUCAAUGAAAAAGAAGAAACGGCUGUCUCAGUCUGAUGAGGAUGUGAUUCGCUUAAUAGGACAACAUCUACACGGGUUAGGGCUUAAUCAGACAGUGGAUCUGCUCAUGCAGGAAUCAGGCUGCAGACUUGAGCAUCCAGCUGCCACUAAGUUCCGCAACCAUGUAAUGGAGGGAGAAUGGGACAAGGCUGAAAGUGAUCUCAAUGAGUUGAAAGCAUUGAUGCAUUCUCCAAAUGCUAUCGUGCGGAUGAAGUUCCUGCUCUUGCAGCAGAAGUAUUUGGAGUAUUUAGAGGAUGGGAAAGUGUUGGAGGCACUACAUGUUCUCCGAGCAGAACUGACUCCUCUGAAGUACAACACAGAGCGCAUCCACAUUCUUAGCGGGUACCUGAUGUGCAGCCAUUCUGAUGAUCUCCGAGCCAAGGCUGAGUGGGAGGGAAAAGGGACAUCCUCUCGCUCCAAGCUGCUUGACAAACUCCAGACGUAUCUGCCCCCUUCUGUGAUGCUGCCUCCUCGCAGGCUACAGACUCUGUUACGUCAGGCUGUGGAGUUGCAGAGAGAUCGCUGCCUCUACCACAACACCAAACUGGACAGCAACCUGGACUCUGUGUCUCUGCUGGUGGACCAUGUAUGCAGCAGGAAACAAUUUCCCUGCUACACUCAGCAGAUCCUGACAGAGCACUGCAAUGAGGUCUGGUUCUGUAAGUUCUCCAAUGAUGGCACCAAACUGGCCUCAGGAUCCAAAGACACUACAGUUAUUAUUUGGCAGGUUGACCCGGAGACGCACCUACUGAAGCAGCUGAGGACUCUGGAAGGCCAUGCCUAUGGGGUGUCUUACCUGGCCUGGAGCCCAGAUGAUGCAUACCUGAUAGCUUGUGGCCCCGAUGACUGCUCAGAGCUGUGGCUCUGGAAUGUUCAGACUGGGGAAUUGAGGACAAAAAUGAGCCAGUCCCAUGAAGAUAGCCUGACAAGUGUAGCCUGGAACCCAGAUGGAAAGCGCUUUGUAACUGGGGGUCAGAGAGGGCAGUUUUAUCAGUGUGAUCUAGAUGGAAAUCUGCUGGAUUCGUGGGAAGGAGUUCGUGUUCAAUGCCUGUGGUGCUUGAAUGACGGCAAAACUGUAUUGGCCUCAGACACGCAUCAGCGUAUCCGGGGAUAUAACUUUGAAGAUCUGACUGACAGAAACAUUGUGCAGGAGGAUCACCCUAUAAUGUCUUUCACCGUGUCAAAGAAUGGCAGAUUAGCUCUAUUAAAUGUUGCAACUCAGGGAGUUCAUCUGUGGGACCUACAUGAUCGGGUACUGGUAAGGAAGUACCAAGGUGUGACACAAGGCUUCUACACCAUCCACUCCUGCUUCGGUGGCCAUAACGAAGACUUUAUUGCCAGUGGGAGUGAAGACCACAAAUUGUACAUCUGGCACAAGCGCAGUGAGCUGCCAAUCGCCGAGCUGACGGGCCACACGCGCACUGUGAACUGUGUGAGCUGGAACCCGGUUCUGCCAGGACUCAUGGCCAGCGCGUCUGAUGACGGCACUGUCCGCAUCUGGGGUCCUGCUCCCUUCACUGAAUCCCAGGAGGCAGAGAGGCUAGGUGAAUGCUGUAGCAUGGACAGUUGAUAUUGGCCCUGGAGCAGGAGGAAAAUCUGAGUAAACACUGCAAGAAAUUAUGGAUGAAUGAAGUAAAAAAAAAUGCACACUGAUGAUGUUUUUCUGGAGGUUUACCCCAUAGCAAUGGAGAGGCUGAGCUUACGCAGUAAAGCCGGACCACUUGAAUGAAACUCACCUAGCUGCUGGCCUUUAGCCCUCAGACCUGCGUGGCUUCACUCAGGAGGCUAAUUGACCUCAAUCUGAUGUCUGAGGAGCUGCAGCCUCACAAAACACACCAAAUUAUUAUUUAUUACACUUAUUAUUUAUUGCUGCGUAUCAGUUGAGGCAUCAGGAUUGAGUUGUAGUCAUGAUAUGUUCUUUACAAUAUUCACUCAGUGAAGAUUUUUUUUUUUUUUUUUUUUUUUUUAAUUAUUAUUAUUAUGAAUAUUUUAAUCAGUUUAGCUUAUAUGAUUUCCCCGGAGACCCCUGAGGGCAGCAAGGGUUUGGAGAUUUUGGAGGGGUCCACUAACGAUUGUCCAUUGUAUCUUUACCCAUAUAAAUAUUAUGUUUUUCAGGCACCCGUGUGAUUGUGUGCCUGAGAGACGUUUUCACCAGCAGAAUGUAAUAAUUUUCCAUGUUUAGACAAUUUUAAUUGACUGAAUUUGCAGGCAUUUUAACAGUGAGAUCAGACCCAUUUCAAUUUCUGAGGUAAAUCUUAAGUUUAUGGUACUUUAUUUUCUAAAGUCUCUAAUUAUCAUUUAUGUAUGAUGGGUAAGUGUGUGAGAGGUGAUGCAGCUAGACAGUGAGGGGAUAAGGUGAAUAAGAUUUAUCUUCACAGCAUUGCAUGCUAUGGGCCCGGGUAAGACAGGAAGUGUAAUGUCCCAUGAACUGACCUUACUUGAAUCUUUUAACCUGUCAGAAAGGGACUGACCCAUCAAUGAGACUCAUCAGUGAGAUUUGGGAUUAGGCGCCCAUGGCCGUUCUCUCUUAUCUGCAUGCUCCUUGUUCCCUGCUGUCCAACUUGCGGACACCAUAUAAGACUUGGACCUUAUUUACAAGGUUAUGAGCACAUGUAAAUAUCGACCAUCAUUAGUGCGCAAGAAAGAAUGCUUUCCCUUUGUAAAUGGCUAAUAGGUGUUGGUCAUAUUUGGAUUGUGUUAUUGUAGCAAGUUCACAGUUAAGCUUUUCAGUGAAUUAAUUGGGUGUUAAUAUUAAAUCAGGUGUCAUGUUCGAUGGGGGUGAAUUAGGUAUGAUUUUGUAUGAUAUGGUAAAUUGCUCAGUGGUGUUGAUGCAGAUUGAGAGGAAUACAAUUCAAGGGUAAUGUAAGCAAGCUAAGGUCUAAAUAAGCCUUCAGAUCAUCUUUCCUUAAUGUUUUGGCUUACUGCAGUAUCCAUCCUAAUGUACUAAUCCCCUUCUGUCAGUCAUCUGUCCUAUUUAGAUUAUUUUAUCUUGAUUUAAUUUCUUUUUUUUUUAAACAUUGUUUAGAUAUACAAUUGAAUAAUCUUCACAGUUGUUGGAUUUUUUUUCUUUUUAUUUGGCUUAAUUCAUUGUUUAUGUCUAAUGUUAUAUUGAUCCUUUGUUUUACUUAUUAUUCCCUCAACUAUAAUAGAAAAUAUAUCUUCAGAAGUGGCCUCUUAACUACCUUUCUUUUUCUCUAUGUGAUGUUCUUAUACUAUACAGAGUGUUACAGUCUGGUCAUCAAGCAUAAGGAACUUUGCCUAUUAUGAUUUGCUUGUAGUAUGUGCUUUAUAUGUGUGUGUAUUUUAUGGCAUGUAUUAUGACUGGUCAAGAAUAUCAUUUAGACUGAACAUAUCUUUCCCUCCAAAUGACAUACGUUUGCACCUGCAUCAGGUAAGCUCCUCUGUACAGGUUAUCCCUCCCCUCACCAGCCAAACCUGUCCUGUCGCUGAGGAGUGACACGCACACACACAGACAGACAGACAGACAGACACACACACACACACACACACCCUUUAGGUCUAAUGUUAAAACACUGUAUCACCAACAUUAUAUUCAAUAUUCUGCAUAUGCAAAUGACCUUUUUUGGUGACUUUGUAUUUCAUUUUCAGAGGAUUUGUUUUUGCUUUCCUGUGCUGUGAAAGCAUGGCUGUGAGCCAGCACGUUAACCACAUGGCCCAGGGUGCAAUUACCGGGCAAACAGUUUGCUUUGCAUCAGGUCCUGAAGGAUCUGUUUUGCAUUUAACUGUGUUAAUAUUCUAAGUGAUUGUACCGUUAUGUAAUGUGUAGGAGAAGUCUUACAUAUGCAUAUUUUCAAUAAAGCAUUCAGGGUUUUAAAAAA